GUAUUUUACGAAGAAAGGGAAUGUUGUUUUCAAAUGAUGAAAUAAAUAGCUUUCCUUAUAAGCUCAAAAACGCGUACGCGUGUUUCAAUCAAGCUGUAACAAAGACACCAACGUUACCUUCUUCAUUUUCUUUUAAAUUCACCACAUUAUCUUCACAAUUUUUUCACAAGAUCAGAAAUACCAAGAGGAAAAAAUUAUUGAAACUCUUUUUCUUCGACGAUCGUUGAUUAAAGAUGUGUUGUCCGGGCAAAGUGUGCAUGUUAUGCGUAUGCUUGAUUCUGGUUGUGAUCACAAUCGGAAUGCUGUUUGGAUUCGGAGUUUUCAAGAAUGGAUUCCACAAGGUCAAAGAUACCGUCCAUUACUCUGAAUCUUACGGAGGAGGAGGAGGAGGAAGGCCGUUCUUGGGUUAUGCGCCACCGCCAUUGUUCUAGUUCAGUAUUGUUCUCUUCUUAUUUUCGUUGUUCAUGCAUGGACGAGUUUGUUUUUUGUUUUAAUAAAUUAUGACUUGUUAGAAUUGGUAUUUGUAAUUACUCGUUUAUUGGGAUUCAUGUUCAUAUUUUGUUUAAAUUAAUUCUCCUAGUGAUUACUGCUAUUAUACUGUUUUUUGUCAUUUAAAAACAAAUUGUUGGGUUAUCCUUGACAUUUGACAACGUAGAAUUGUUGAAAUUAUUAUGAGA